AUGCGCUUCGGCAUAGCUCUCUACUACUAUGGAUUAAAUGCAGACCCUUCACACCCGACUCCAUACUUCCACUGGGCAUUCCUCUCUUCUGACCUCCCUUGGUCCAAGAACGAUACCACCUGUUACGAAAUCGUCCGACAAGACGACUACCUGUGGAAAUGGCACUUUACUCGACCCAAUCUAGCUAAAUCGGCUAGAUUUCGGGGGAUCGUAGAGUUGGGGGAAUUUCAGGGAUCGACAAGACUGAUCGACGACAUUAUUCGGGCGUCUCAUCCUGCUAGUGUCAAGGAGUGGACCGUGAUAGGUCCUAGGGGUUGGACCUGCGCUACGUGGGUGAUGAAGCUGGCCAUUGACUUGGAGGAGCGGGGGUAUUACGACUUCCCUGAUGGCGUCAGUGUGCAUAAUCUUUAUAAGACGGUCCUCGAGAAAGGCGCGCUCUUGAGAGAUCUCAAAGGACUGACCUUGAUCCCUGUCCUGCCUCUGGUGAGUCUAGUGCGCGCGAUCUGGCCUUAUUAA